CGGGAGCUAAAGCCCUGAUCUUUGUUUAGCUAGUCGCCUCUCCCGCGUUCUUCUGCUAAAUCCCGCCGCCGCCCUGCUUUCCUUAUCAAAGCCUCCGCCGGUCUACGUCUCGGCCAACUUCAUACCGCCAACGUGUUCUGGCGGCUAUCUCUGCAGCCGUUGCGUCGCCCGAGGCCGCUGCUUGAUAAUCUUCUUCCAGUCCUCACAGUGUAGCGGCUUUACACAACAAGAGCCCGCUCCAUCUUUUAGCUGCAAAGCCGGCACUUGAAAUGUUACUUUGCUCUGCUACACCUUGUUCCUUCACUCUAUCGAGCAAGCGCGGUCUCCCUAACCUCGCCGCUCCUUCCAGAUUCUACUUCGGCGGCGAAAACAGCACACUUGGGCUGGUCCAGCGGCACAGUUACAGAAUGGCAUCGCCGUCGGGGAUUCGAUCAUUGAAAUUGGAAGCCACUCUCCAAAGCGAUAGCCAUGGUUCAUCAUCUCAUAGAAAUGAGGACUCUACUAUCCAUGGAGUUUCUGAAACUAUUGUUGGUGUGCUGGGUGGAGGCCAGUUAGGUAGGAUGUUAUGUCAAGCUGCAAGUCUCAUGGCCAUUAAGGUUGUGACUUUGGAUCCUUUGGAAAAUUCUCCCGCAAGCUCUCUGUCCUAUCAACAUUUUGUAGGCAGAUUUGACGACGGUGAUGCAGUUCGUGAGUUUUCAAAGAAAUGUGGAGUGCUGACUAUUGAGAUUGAACAUGUUGAUGCUAUUACUCUUGAAAAACUGGAGGAACAAGGAGUAGACUGCCAGCCAAAACCGUCCACAAUAAGAAUAAUCCAAGACAAAUAUAUACAGAAGGUUCACUUUUCACAGCAUGGGAUCCCCCUUCCUGAUUUUCUAAAGAUGGAUAACCCUGAAAGUGCUGAAGAAGCAGCCAAUUUAUUUGGUUUCCCUAUGAUGGUUAAAAGUAGAAGGCAAGCUUAUGAUGGGCGCGGAAAUGCUAUAGCACAUUGUAAAGAAGAGCUUCCUUCUGCUAUUGCUGCACUCGGUGGAUAUGAACGCGGCUUAUAUGUUGAGAGAUGGACUUCAUUUACAAAGGAGCUGGCAGUCAUUGUUGCAAGGGGAAGGGAUGGCUCAGUUUUAUGCUAUCCUGUGGUUGAAACUAUUCACAAAGAUAGCAUCUGUCACAUUGUUGAAGCUCCUGCUGAUGUACCUGAAAAAAUAAGGAAGUCUUCUGUCGACAUUGCUCGUAGAGCUGUUAGUUCGCUAGAGGGCGCGGGGGUUUUUGCAGUAGAGUUAUUUUUAACAAACGAUGGGCAGGUUUUGCUAAAUGAAGUAGCUCCUAGACCCCAUAAUAGUGGGCAUCACACGAUUGAGUCUUGCUAUACCUCUCAAUAUGAGCAGCACCUAAGAGCUGUUAUAGGUCUUCCAUUAGGGGAGACGUCCAUGAAGACCCCUGCUGCAAUCAUGUACAACAUACUUGGUGAGGAGGAGGGAGAGCGAGGGUUCUAUUUAGCUCAUCAACUAAUGAAGAAAGCAUUAAGCAUUUCUGGAGCUACAGUUCAUUGGUAUGACAAACCAGAAAUGCGGAAGCUGCGGAAGAUGGGACAUAUUACACUUGUAGGCCCUUCAAGAAGCCAUGUCAGAAAAAACUUGGAUUUGAUGUUGAACCGAAAGAGCAUCAAAAAUAAUACUCCAGACACGCCUCAAGUUGCCAUUAUUAUGGGCUCUGAUUCUGAUCUUCCGACAAUGAAGGAUGCUGCAGAAAUCUUGAAUACUUUUCAUGUGCCAUUUGAGAUUACAAUUGUUUCAGCUCAUCGAACGCCUGAAAGAAUGUAUUCUUUUGCUUUGUCUGCAAAAGAAAGAGGCAUUCAAAUCAUCAUUGCUGGUGCAGGUGGUGCCGCUCAUUUACCAGGCAUGGUGGCUUCAUUGACUCCCUUGCCUGUUAUAGGAGUGCCAAUUAGAACAUCUUCAUUAGAUGGAGUUGACUCACUCUUGUCUAUUGUUCAGGUGGGGAUGCACUUAUGAUUUGAGGCCGGCUGCUAAGUUUUUUGAUAAUUUAUAUGCCAUAAGAUGCUGGUUACAAAUUUACAAUCGAGCCUAUUAUUAUCUUUAAACUGGAAAUUCUUUCCACUACAAUUGCUUUGGUGAGACAAAGGAUGGUUGCUGUUUCUUUGGUUCCCGAGUAUUCAACCUGAUGAUUGUUCUAGCUAUUACAUCAGUGGAGAAAAGUUCAUAAAGGAUAUAUGUAUUUUUAUCUUUUACUAUGGACAUCAACUUUUAGACUGCAGAAGAAUACAAGAGAUAGAUGUUCUUAUAUUGGUGUGAAAACAAAGAGAAAAAAGUUAUAAUCUAGAUAUAUAAAACUAUUUUUUUUUCUUAUUCACAAAGAAGGAAAUAUACAUAAUUUAUAGCAGAUACAAGAGUGCUAAAAUAGAGAGAAAUUGAUAUAAAUAGACCGGUCCAUCCAGCCCAACCAUUGGGCCGGCCCACUUAUUACAGCAGGCGCAAGCCCCCCUAUUGGGGUGGGGUCCACUUCCUAAAGGAUUCUGAAGAGGGGUUGUUUAGUCCUUUUGCAUUAUUGUGUUAUCUGAUUUAAGUAAAAGUUUGUAUUAGAGUUAGGACAUUUGGGUGGCUGAUUUCUAUUUUGGUGCUUGGCAUUCUUGGGCUCUAGCGGCAUCUAGAGAUUUGGGAGAGAGAGAUCCUUCUCUCGAAUAAAGGAUCAAUUGUAUCUUGGUAUUUUCCUAUUCCUUUCAUCCAGUAAUACAAAAAUAUCUACUUUUUUUUUA